UGCAAGAAUAAUAGCAUUCCGAGCAAACGUAACACGAACACAAAUAACUAAUAUGACUACUGUCGAAUAGUGAAUAGUGGAAAUCCAUGUUUAAUUGACGCCCACUGAAAUAAAUUGAGGGGGAAUUUUUUUAGCAAACACCUAAAUAAGGUUUAAUAACGAUUCUCGAUAAAAAAUGUUUUUUUUUUUUUAAUCAUUGGAUAAUUUGGCUCUGUUGUGGUGUGGUCUGGUAAGUCAAAAAAAGGGCCUGGAAAAUUUCAGCCGUGGGCUAAUAAAGGAGAUUAACCUAAAGAGCUUUUGCGUGUGGGUGCGGGCGGGCAUGUGUGAGUGACAAGGUCCAUUAAAAAAAGGAAAGAAUGAGUGAAGUGCUCCUAAUAAAGUGACAAGUCAACUGUUGCUGCUGCUGCUGAUAUUGAUGAUGAUGAUGAUAAUGAUAAUGAUGAUGAAGUCAAAGAAGGCGGGGCUGGGGGGGGCGACAGAUCCGAAGAAGACGAAGUCGAAAGAGGAUGAGGCAGAAGGAGAUUAGGAGAAGAGGAGGAGGAGGAGGCGCAGAAGAAAACGAGAGCUGCAAGCAAGCAAGAAGAAGAUACAAGCAAAAGAAAGAAGAAGAGGAAGUAGGAAGCCAUCCCAACUUUGUUCUCCAUCGGCUCAUCUACCCAAAGAGAAAAAGAAAGAAGUGAGAUCUUGUGAGUGGAUGAAUGUAGCGCAACCUAGUGGCAAUUUCUCUGACAGGCUCGAUGAAAAACUACAUCAAAGACGACAUAUUUGACCCCAACUCAGUUGUUCUACUUGGUAACUCGAACCCUACUUAAAGCUUACAACGCUCCAAGGAGUGAGCGCCAUGUCGGACAGUGAUGCCCGACACCACUGACCACCCCGCGGCCUCAAGAGGACCCCACAACUCUCUGAGGACCUCACGGCUCCCUUGAGGUGCCGCCCAUGGAUUCCCUCAAGCCCCUCCCACUCCUGCUUCUCUUGGUGACGUCCAGUCGAUGUCAAUUUGACACCUGUCGCUGGGAGGCAGGGUCCGGAUGGAAGGACUCCGCCUGCCAGCCGCCGCCCACUAACAUGAAAGAAGCCAUGCAGAUACGAGUCGAUCCGCCAGGAGUCACCUGCGGGAACCCCCCGGAGAGAUUCUGCACUCUGGAGAACCCAUACCUGUGCAGCGACGAGUGCGACGCGUCCAGUCCGGAUCUGUCCCACCCGCCUCAGUUAAUGGGAGACAGGGAAAGGGGCGGGCUCAUCACGUAUUGGCAGACGGUCACAUGGUCAAACUAUCCCGAGCCAUUGUUGGCCAACAUCACGCUGUCCUGGAACAAAAGUCUGGAGGUGGUGGACGACCUGGUGGUCAGCUUCGAAUACGGGCGUCCCACCAGCAUGGUGCUCGAGAAGUCCAUGGACAAAGGGCUGACAUGGCAGCCGUACCAGUUCUACGCCGACGACUGCAUGGAGACGUUCGGCAUGCCGCCCAAGCGAGUGUCCGAACUGGCACCCAGCAACGUGACCAGGGUCAUCUGCACCGAGCAGUACUCCAGAUGGGUGGGCGCCAAGGAGGAGAAGACGGUGGUGUUUGAGGUUGGAGCCCGCUUGCGAGUGUUCGCAGGCCCCAAGCUCCUGAACAUGGACGCGUUGUACACGCGCCUGCAGAGCAGCAAAGCUCUGCGAGACUUCUUCACCUUCACCAACCUUCGCCUCAGACUCCUGCGACCGGCCCUCGGCGGCACCUACGUCCAGAGAGACAACCUGCUCAAGUACUUCUACGCCAUAUCCAACAUUGAUGUACCUGCCAGGUGUAAAUGCAACCUGCACGCGUCUCGUUGCGCGCUGCGCGACGCCACGCUGAUGUGCGACUGCGAACACAAUACAAGCGGACAAGACUGCCAACGCUGCGGUGCCGCCUUUGAUUCCCGUAACUGGAUGCCGGGAAGCUUCCUGCCGCUGCCCAGUGGCACCGCCAACGCUUGUGAAGCAGCAGAAACAUUGACUAAGUGCGAGUGUAGUGGCCACUCGAACCGCUGCAGCUUCAUGGACUUCCUGAACGUGGUGACGUGCGUCAGCUGCAAACACAACACCAGAGGUCACCGCUGCCAACACUGUCGUCUCGGUUACUAUCGGAACGACAACCUGCCACUCGAUCACCAGGACAUUUGUGUGGAGUGCGAUUGCGAUGUGGCGGGCAGCCGGUCUCGACAAUGCGCCACCUCGGGGGCCUGUCAGUGCCGGGAGGGCACCACCGGGAGGCGUUGUGACCAAUGCCUGCCAGGAUACACGUGGAGAGAGGGCAGUAGCGGCUGCAAAGCCAAGGUGUGCGACGAAGCUACGCCUUGUCAGAAUGGCGGCACGUGUGUGGACUUCCUGCGCUGUGAGUGUCCUGACAAGUUCUCAGGCAUGUACUGCGAGCAGCGUGUCUGUCUCAAGAAGAGCGGUUGCCUUGACAACGACACAAGCGCUGCCUCGCCAAUGAUGACCUCACGACUCUGCCUCCCACUCAUCUUCAGCUUGAUUGCCACUGCCGCCUUCUGACGCGCAACAGGAACUCAGAUCGGAGAAACACUUGGUGAUGUCAUCAUCUGGGCGACGCUAAAAAAAAAACGGAGCCUCUGGGCAGGACCGUUGCUGACUUUGUGCCUGAGUUCAACAUCCUCAAAGAAAUGUGACAAUAAACGUGUCAUGGAAUACAGUUAUAACCUCACCAUACGUCCUAGUGACCUGACUUUUCGGGAUACGAUGUUUAACUUUGACUUGAGAGCAAAAUUUGAGAUACGAGCGAUAUUUGGUAACAGCGCAGCAAGCAGCAAAAACUGAAGAAUUGUUCACAAAAGAAGCCUAGUGUGCUUUCUUCUGUCUAAUGCCACUGCAAGUGAGUUUACUUGUAACAAAGGGAAUUACACUGCGUAUUUCAAACAAGCAUGGAACUCUGCCGUCUGUAAGUCCACUAGCUUAAUGCUAACACACAAUGGGUAGACGGCAGACAAAACUACAAUCGACGUUGUGGUAUAUUAACAACCCUUGAAGCGGCACACAAUUGUUGCAUUGAUACAUUUAGGCAGCCAACACAGUAGAAUGAUACUCGCAGGCAUAUAUUCUUUGUCCUCCAU